AUUAGAUACUAUCUGUUGAAUCGGAAUCCCAUUGACUCGUCACCUCUCCCAUCUCCCUUCCAGAAUCCUCCACCAUGGCCACCGUCACUGAUCCUAAAAUUGCCGAGGCAUACGAAAAUGUCCGGUCCAAUAGUGACGAGACGACAUGGAUGAUCUUAGACUACGAGUCUGAUAAAUCCGAUACCUUGACUCUCACUUCGACUGGAACAGGUAACCUCGAGGAAUUCGCAUCCAAGCUCGAACCGGGACACGCUUCGUUCGGCUACAUCCGUGUAACGUACAAGAAUGACGAUCAUUCGUCUAGAGAAAAGUUCUGCCUUGUCAUUUGGAUAGGUGAACAAGUCAAAGUCAUGAGGAGGGCCAAAGUGUCGGUUCAUACGGCAGAUGUGAAACGGGUUUUAAAGGCGUAUUCUAUCGAGGUUUCGGCAUCGACCAAGGGGGAUCUACAGGAGAAAGACAUUGUAUCCCGACUCAGAAAAGCAGGAGGAGCAAACUACAACAGAAGUGAUUUCGACUGAGGGGUUUUGUGAAAGGGAUUCAGAUCAAUCGCAUGCAUGGUGUUGAAACCAGAAUGAUUGUUCUGCUAUUUACGCCCCUCGGUGCCUUCUAGAUAGCCAGAGUGCCGACCUCGGCCAUCCAACAUACCAUCACUCCUCCUCCUCCUCCUCCUCCUCCUCCUCCUCC